GAAUCAUAUAAUCUUAUGGGGAAAAAAACUGUUGGGGACUUGACUCAUAAGCCGGAACUGAGUCGGAAUCUUUGACUCGGUUCAAGACAAGCUUCUGGGCAUCUUUCGCUUCAGAUUCAGACAAAAAGAUGAAUUCUUUCUCCUACAAAACCCUCCGAAUCUUCAAAUGAUUUCCUCUGCAGUUUCAGAAUCUUUCUUCGGAGCAAAUAUUACACAUUUCUUGUUGCCAAGUUUCAACCAUGAGACGCUUUCUCGGAAAGAAACCAUUCUUGAACUUUGAUCUUUCUCUCAGAAGAUUGAACGCAAACCGGGUUUCUGUUCCACAAACUCGGGAGCCUCGCUUAGGUUUAGCUGAAGGUUUUGGACAAGAAUCAUGGAGAUCAAUGGAGGGUCUUGUCCGGUGCUCGGCUAAUUACGAGCCUUUGUCUCCCAUUGGUUUCUUGGAGAGGACAGCUACGGUUUACAGAGACAAAACCUCUGUUGUGUUCGGUUCUGUUAGCUACACCUGGAGCCAAACUUACAGCCGUUGUCUGAAACUCGCUUCUGCACUCGUUCAGCAGCUCGGAAUUUCCCGGGGAGACGUGGUUGCGAUUCUGGCGCCGAAUAUCCCGGCUAUGUACGAACUUCAUUUUGCGGUUCCAAUGGCGGGCGGAGUUCUUUGUCCGCUCAACACAAGAUUAGAUCCUUCCAUGCUUUCUGUUUUCCUCAGACAUUCAGAAGCAGUAAUCCUCUUCGCCGAUCACCAGUUUCUUGAACUUGCUCAAAGAACCUUCGAUCUCCUUUCCAUGUCUGAAAAAUCAAGAAAUCUCCCGACCCUUGUUCGAAUCUCUCAACCCGAUGAUGACGCCAAUGUCUCCCCACCGUCUGAUUGCGAAUACGAAAGCCUGUUACUGUCUGGAAGCGACAAAUUUGCAGGAAGGAAACCGGAAAGUGAAUGGGAUCCGAUCAGUAUAAACUACACGUCAGGAACAACGUUAAGGCCGAGAGGUGUAGUUUGCAGUCAUAGGGGAGCUUACGUGAAUUCCCUUGCCACGGCUUUCCUUCCGAAAAUGGGUCCAUCAUCUUCACCUGUUUACCUAUGGACUAUCCCGAUGUUCCAUGGAAAUGGCUGGUCACUUACUUGGGGAAUGGCUGCACAGGGCGGGACGAACGUCUGUCUCAGAAAAGUCUCUGCAAAAGGAAUCUUCAAGAACAUCGCAACCCAAAACGUGACACACAUAGGAGGAGCCCCAACUGUCCUGAACAUGAUUCUGAAUUCGACAUUGGAGGAAAGACAGAAGCUUUCUCGCAAAGUCGAGGUCUUUACCGGCGGUGCGCCACCGCCUCUGCAGAUUCUGACAGAAAUGGAAGAGUUAGGGUUCAACGUGACGAACGUGUACGGCAUGACCGAAACCACCGGUCCAGGGACUUACUGCGAGUCCAAACCGGAGUGGGCUCUACUUCCAGCACGAGAAAGGUCGAAGCUGAAAGCCAGACAAGGGCUAAAGCAUCUGGCAGUGGACGAUGUCGAAGUGAAAGAUCCUGUAACAAUGGAGACAGUACCAGCCGAUGGGUCGACAGAAGGGGAAGUCAUGUUCAGAGGGAACAACGUCAUGAUGGGUUACCUCAAGGACAUGGAAUCGACGCGAGAAGCAUUCAGAGGAGGAUGGCUUCACAGCGGGGAUCUCGCGGUGAAACACCCAGAUGGGUAUAUAGAGAUAACCGGCCGGUUAAAGGAUCUGAUCAUAUCCGGAGGAGAGAACAUAAACCCGGUGGAAGUCGAGAGGGCGUUGUGCUGUCACGAGGCGGUUCUUGAGGCAGCGGUCGUGGCUCGGCCUGACGGUCACUGGGGCGAGACGCCAUGCGCGUUUGUGAAGCUGAAGGAUGGGUUUGACGCUGAAUCUGGAGAGAUGAUUGAGUUCUGUAGGAAUCGUUUGCCACAUUUCAUGGCGCCAAGGACUGUUGUUUUUGGGGAUCUGCCUAAAAGCUCCACUGGGAAAAUACAGAAGCGUCUUCUCAGACAAAGAGCUCUUGAAUUGGGUUCCUUGUUGUAAACUCGCUUUUGUUGUAAACUAGCUGCUGUUUUAACCAAGUUUGGUGGCCGAUAAAACAUGCAAAGGAUGCUACCGCGGUCCAAAUCCAAGUGUGGACAGUGACAUUUACUGGACGUUCUCGGUAUCUUUAGAGGUGUACACGCGGAAGGGCCGAUGAAAUUCCGAAUUAUCAAAAAAAAAAUUGCUGAUGUUUUCUCGGUGUCAAAUGGUUUCUUUUCCUUCGCAAAAAAGGGAAAAAAUGGAUAUGAAUGGACUAUAAUGGGCCGAAUAUGGGUAAGCCCAGUAGGCCCAAUUCUCUCCGUGUUUUCCUGAACGCGUGAAAGCCACGCGCCUUCUCCGCGGAUUCAAAGUCUCGGGGACGAAGGAGCGAGGAUCGGCGACGAAGGAAUUUGAGAGAGAUCGGGAAGAUUGCUCCUCCGUUUUGGGUAUUCAAUGUCGAGAAAAUUGGUGAAGGAACUUUCCUCUGCUUCGGCGGCUGAAUCUCCCGCGCCGGCGCUGGAUUUUCCCGGGAAAGAGAGAAUUUUUCGAACUUUCCGGGAAGGUCUGGCAGGAUCAUGAGGCUAUGAAUUACUCGAAAAACUGUGGCGGAAGAGGGUAAUGUCCCAGAUGCCGCCACACGCCAUUGAUGAAUCUCUGGUUUCUUCUAAAAUCGUGUUGUUCCAAAAAAGGAAAGAACUCGAUAAGGUAAUAUCCGGUGAACUGGUGUUCCAUGAGAAAUCAAUACUGAUGGAUCACAACAUGGUUUCUUCUGGUGUACGUUUCUGCAGCAUAUGCAUUUACACAUGUUCUUCAAAAGCUCGGAAUAAUGUCCUCAAUAUUGUAUUGGCUCACCCAAGAUUGGGUGGUAACGCUCCUUUCCCAAGCCAGGUUCGAAUCUCCGUUUAGAGAGCGUCAUUCAACUAGAUUUCUCCGAUACUCUGGAAAAUGUAAUUGGGUCGAAGACUCGGUGAACUUUCGUGAUGAUGUGUUGUCUGUAUUUCUUACGUUCAGUGAACAAUGCACUGGUUUUAGAAAGCCAGAUUCGGAUUUCCGAUCAGAUGUUCAUCUCUUGAAUUGUUUAUUUUGCCCGUCUUGGCUCUUGUUUGAUAUCAAUCUAGAAUCAAAUUUGCUUAUUAGCUGUAAAAAAUCAAUCUGCUUGAGAUAUGCUUUAAAAUUUUAUUGUAAUGUUUUUGUGAUGCAGUGAAUUCAGACAUGAUAUCUGACAGCAGAUUGCUAUGUUCUGUUCUCCAGCGACAGGUGAAGAGGACAGAGGUGUGCUGUUGACAAUAACUCUCUUGAAUGCAAAAAGGUGGCUGCUUUUGUCAACACUAAGUAGCCCAAGUGCAGAGUACUGUGAUUUUUUUUCAGUUAGAUUACAAUUCAAAACCAUUGGAGAUGGAAAACAGGGGAUCAAGUAGAAGAUUUACAGAGACAAGUGGUCAAAAACAUCUGCAAUGCUAAUGUGAUAGGACAAUACGGAAGAACAUACGAAACAUGAGGGGAAAUGAAAGAACGUACCACGAGGGAUUAAACAAGAUUCUUGUAAAAACAGCAACCGUACAACCUCGUUUGUUAUUGUUCAUGCUGCAACCCUAGAUUCUUGGACCUGUAAUGGGCAUAUGUAUAUAUAUGUAUGUAUGUGUAUGAACCUUGACUUGUUUUGUAGCAAAGAUUAAACAACUCCUGAAAUCGCCAGCGAUGCAGAAGAAACAAGGCGAGGGAGACAAUAUAAUCAAGGGUUCUCUCCGUUGUCGGCUUCAUGACUGUAGGCAUAAUUAACUGAACAGAGUUCUUCUCUUUGUAAAGGUUUAUAUAAUAUCCCCAUUAGCCAUU